GAAAUUCCAGUAACAGAAGGAUCCAGCAGAAAGAUUGUAAGCCCCAUGACUAAGAGGAGUUCAGAUAAAACUAAAGCCUGGGGUACGAAGUCAGAGCACCUGCUGAGGAUACAGGAACACGACUUUACAAUGCGCCCAGGAUUUGGAGGUCCUGCCGUCUCUGUAGGCGUGGAUGUUCAGGUUGAGAGUUUGGAUGCUAUUUCAGAGGUCGAUAUGGACUUUACCAUGACCUUGUAUCUAAGGCACUACUGGAAAGAUGCACGUCUGGCCUUCAAAAGCAACAACAACCUGAGCAUGACGUUCGAUGGCCGCCUGGUGAAGAAGAUCUGGGUACCUGACAUGUUCUUCGUCCACUCCAAGAGGUCCUUCACCCAUGACACCACCACUGACAACGUCAUGCUACGAGUUUACCCCGAUGGAAAAGUCCUCUACAGCCUCCGGGUGACAGUCACAUCCAUGUGCAGCAUGGACCUGAGUCGCUUCCCUCUGGACACGCAGACAUGCUCUUUGGAGAUCGAGAGCUAUGCGUACACAGAUGAUGACCUGAUGCUGUACUGGAAGAAAGGGAACAGGUCAUUAAACACAGACGAAAAAAUAUCUCUCUCCCAGUUCCUGAUCCAAGAGUUCCACACCACCACCAAGCUGGCCUUCUACAGCAGCACAGGCUGGUACAACCGUCUGUACAUCAACUUCACCCUGCGCCGCCACGUCUUCUUCUUCCUGCUGCAGACCUACUUCCCUGCCACUCUGAUGGUCAUGCUGUCCUGGGUGUCCUUCUGGAUCGACCGCAGGGCCGUCCCUGCCAGGGUGCCACUAGGUAUAACCACGGUGCUCACCAUGUCCACCAUCAUCACUGGAGUCAACGCCUCCAUGCCCAGGGUGUCCUACAUAAAAGCUGUGGACAUUUACCUCUGGGUCAGUUUCGUCUUUGUCUUCCUGUCGGUGAUCGAGUACGCUGCUGUCAACUACCUGUCCACUCUACAAGAACGCAAAGAGAGGGCACUCCGAGAGAGGAUGCCAUGUACCUGUGGUCUGGCCCAUCCUGGCACCAUGUCAGCCAGCUACAGUGAGGUGGAUGCCAACACAACAGGGAAUUAUGGCAGCAUGCCAAGAAAUGGGGUGAAGCGGGAGAGGAUGCUGGUGGAGCUGAUGGAGAACGACCAGAUCACCGGCCAUGUGAGCUCCGGGACCUACAGCAGCGCCGCCAUCGACACACACGCCAUAGACAAAUACUCCAGGGUCAUGUUUCCUGGAGCCUACAUCCUCUUCAACUUCAUCUACUGGUCCAUCUACUCCUAA